AAAUAUUGUACCGUGUCCUUGAGUGCUGAGAAAGGCGCCUUCAGAUAAAAUGUAUUAGUUAUUAUCAGAAGAAAUAAUUUAAUCGAUAAGUUAUGACCUGUUUGUAAUUAAUCUGAUUUUUCUUUUAUAUAACCAUAGAGAUCAGUUGAAUUAUGGACAUUAAAUCAUUUGAAAGUGGCUGAUGGUUCACCACAUUAAGUAACCUUAAUAAUAUCUGAGUUUGUUGGUUUGGAAAAUACACUAAAACGGGUUUAUGCAUCUUCUCUACAAUUCAGAGCAAAGUUUUCAACGUUGAUAUCAGGUCAGCCUCUUUCUGUAAAUAAACUUUGUCGAAGCAAAAAAGGCCGGGACAAGGGAAUGUGCUCACUAAUAUAAGCGCAACAAAAUAAACAUCUUAUUUUCAAGGUAAUGGCGCGUUAGACUUUUGAAGCCGUCCUUUUCUAACAUCCUGUUAAAGCUAGCUUAGCUUGCGCGCUAAUAUUAGCUUGUAUAUGUGAGGUGGCAAUCCACUUUCACUCUUUACCUACUAUACAUUUUAGCAUCUUGUCAUAUUAAAAAGGUACAGCUUUGUUUACUGCAGGUUUUAUUUUUAAUGUAAAAAAAAAAACCUUGUGCUGAGUUUAGUUGAUAAAUGUUUCAGCAAAUGUCAAUAGUUAAACAGGUUCAGGGUUCAUUUUAAAAGCUACUUUUUAAUAUCAGUGAGAAAAUGCCUAAAAUGGAGCCAUGCAAUUAACUGUAAACCUGUAAUGACUUAUUUCUGUUUCAUUUCAGACCCAGCUGUGUUGCCUUUUAUAAAUGUGUAGUAUUUCGAUGUUUGAUGAUGGAAUUAUUAUUGGUUGACGAGGCCUAAGGUGUUGAUGAACAGCCAUGACGGAGGCCUGGCCAGCCGUGGCCUGGAUCCUGAUGCUGAUCUCAGUUUCUGAGCGGAUGAAAGCUGCACAGUCGCGGGAUUUCACCAUGAAGGACAUCAUUCAUCUGCAUCCUUCAACCACACCUCACCCCGGUGGCUUCAAGUGUUUCACUUGUCAAGACGCAGCAGACAACUACGAGUGCAACCGCUGGGCCCCAGAUGUUUACUGUCCGAAGGAUACCAGGUACUGCUACACGCUCCACACGAUGGAUAGCCGUGGAGACAGCGCUUCUGUGACCAAGCGCUGCGCCACCUUGGAGCACUGCCGCUCCACCGGCUGCGUCAACCUCACCCACAGCGGCUUCCAGGUGUGCACGUCCUGCUGCGAGGGGAACAUCUGCAACGUGCUGGUGCCGAGAAACGACAGCGGCGCGGUGUUCUCCGCCGCUCCGCUGGGCAGCUCGGGCAGCAGGCUGCGUCCCGCCGCCCUUCGUUACGUCCCCCUCAUCAUCGCCAGCGGCUGCUGGACACGUCUGAGGAGUCGAAUGGUUUAAAUCCUACAUCGGUGUUUAAACCCCAGGCUUUCGUUGAGCUUACAGGCAAUGCCGUAGUUUGUUUUCUGCUCAUUAUUUAUGAUAAAUAUUUUAAAAUGUACACACGUGGACAAAAUUGUUGGUAGCCCUCGUUUAAUGAGAGAAAACAACCAUUCAACCAUGCUUCUGCAGGAUGAUUCAAAAAAUUAAACUCAUGGAAAAGUAAUGCUACCCCCAGAAAAAAACUGAAAAUAUUGUGACCAAAGGGACACGUUAAAUCAAAGUAUGCCUACUUAUUAGCAUCACAGUGGUUGCCUUCAAAAGUUUGUGCAACAAGAUAUAAAGGGGACCAUCAUUUUUUGUCCAGGCCCGUUUCAUGAUUUUAUUUUUAAAAUCAUUCUGCAGAAGCUUGGUUGAAAAGUAGUGUCUGACUUUCAUUUGUUCGUUUUCAUACAAUUUUUAUUUUUUAUAUUAACUUUUGUUAGAUUCAAGUUAUUUCUGUGAUUUGUUUUUUCUUUCAUUUAAACGAGGGGUACCAACAAUUUUGUCCACGUGUGGAGCUUCAUUUUCUACAAAGGUUUUUAUAAAAAACUGUAAAUGUGACUUGGAAGGAGGUUUACCAAACUACCCAGUGGAGUAGUUCAACAUGAGUUUAACAGCAAGACUAUAAACCUUAAGGUAUUUGAUUAGGAUUUUAUGAUAGACCAACAGAGAAAAGUCAGUGCCUAAUUGUUACUUUGUCUCAAUUCCCUCAUAAAUAAAAUGCAAGUUUGUGUUUGAAUUCCUCCCUUCAACACCAACGAGCCUUCCUG